AACAGUAAUAAACAAAACACCUGAAAACGCACACAAAUUGUUGGACACCAAAAAAUUUCCAGAAAAAAUUAUAAAAUUUUAAUAAAAUUAACUAGAAAUAAUAACCAACCAACAUGGCCCACUAUAAAGGCGCUGCCAGUGAAGCUGGGCGUGCUGCCCAGUUAAUGAAGAAACGUGAAAUCCAGCAACAAGAAAUAGAGUUUCGCAAAAAGAAAAUUGAGGAGGAGCUGAAAUUGGAUAAAAUAGAAAAUAAAUUCGCCACCCAUUAUGAUGCAGUGGAGCAACAGCUCAAAACCUCCACCAUUGGUUUGGUCACUUUGGAUGAGAUGAAAGCCAAACAGGAGGACAUAGUGAGAGAACGGGAAAAGAAAUUGGCCCAAAAAAAAGAUGAAAAAGAAAGAGAGAAACAGAAAGCUCUGGAAGCUAUACAGGCGGAGAAAAACAAGCAGAAAAAACAAAUACAGGCAUUAUCAUUUAGUUUUAAUGAUGACGAGGAAGGCGAGGAGGAGGACGAAGACGGUAACGGUGAAGAAGAUGAAGAGCAAAAGGAAAUGGAAGAACAGAGAAAAAAGGAAAAGGAACUAAAAGUAAAAUUGGACAAGGCGAAAGCUGAAAAGAAGAAAUGGACAGAACUAAAUCCCGAUGAAACGGUGCCAGUGAUUAAAAAGAAAAUUUUUAAAAAUCCCGAUGUAGACACCAGUUUCCUGCCCGAUCGAGAACGUGAGGAAGAGGAAAAUCGCUUGCGGGAACAAUUACGACAGGAAUGGGUCAUGCAACAAGCAGCGCUUAAAGAUCAAGAAAUACCCAUUACGUUUUCCUAUUGGGAUGGCUCCGGUCAUCGUCGUAGUGUGGUCAUGAAAAAGGGUAAUUCUAUUUAUCAGUUUUUACAAAAAUGUCUGGAACUGCUGCGCAAAGAAUUCAAUGAACUUAAAACUGUUAUGGCUGAUCAAUUAAUGUACGUUAAAGAGGAUUUAAUACUGCCACAUCAUUACACAUUCUAUGAUUUCAUAGUGACAAAGGCCCGUGGUAAAUCGGGGCCUCUCUUCCAGUUUGAUGUGCACGACGACAUACGUUUGACUAGUGAUGCCUCGGUGGAAAAGGAAGAAUCGCACGCCGGUAAAGUUUUAUUGCGUUCAUGGUAUGAACGUAAUAAACAUAUUUUUCCCGCCAGUCGUUGGGAACCCUAUGAUCCUACGAAGUCGUAUGAUAAAUAUACUAUUAAGGAUAAGAAGAAAUAGAUUUUAUGGAAUUUUAUAAGUAGGACAAUGGUACAAAAUAAAAUACAAGUAAAUAAA